CCGUUGCCGCAGUGACAGGACCAGAGCGCUCUUGGAGCGGGGAAAUGGCGGCGGCAUCAUCGUCGUCGCGUCGCUCGCAGCAGCAUCAUCACCAUCACCCCGCUCACCCUCCAAGUCAUCACUCAGUCCAGACGCCCGUAUCUCCGCCUCGCAGCCCCAACCUUUCUCCCACCGGAGCUUCCCCUCAGCAGCGGCCCACUCUGGCCGGACUCGAGGGCGAGGCCCCCGCCAACAGCGGCCGGGAAGGGACGGCGGGAACCGAGAGGCCUUUUUCUCCAGAGAGCGCCUGCGAAAGCUCCGGGCCUCCGCCGCCUCCGGGCUCCGGAGCCAGCAGCGUCGCCACCACUAGCAGCAGCAGCAGCAGCUCCGUGUCUUCGUCUUCCUCCUCUGCGGCCUCCAGCCCGGCUGCUCCCGACAGCCCCGACCCACCCCCUCCGCCGUUGCAGCCCCUUCCUCCGCCCGUGGGAAGCGGCGCUUUUCGGGAGCUGCUCGAAGCCUGCCGCAAUGGGGACGUAACUCGGGUCAGGCGCUUGGUGGAUGCUACCAACGUCAACGCCAAAGAUAUGGCCGGGCGGAAAUCCACCCCUUUGCACUUCGCGGCAGGUUUUGGAAGAAAGGAUGUUGUGGAACACUUGUUACAAACAGGAGCUAAUGUCCAUGCUCGUGAUGAUGGUGGACUGAUACCUCUUCACAAUGCCUGUUCCUUUGGUCAUGCUGAGGUAGUUAGUCUCUUGCUGUGUCAAGGAGCAGAACCAAAUGCCAGAGACAAUUGGAACUAUACUCCUUUGCAUGAAGCUGCAAUCAAAGGCAAGAUAGAUGUGUGUAUUGUACUGCUGCAACAUGGAGCUGAUCCAAAUAUUCGGAAUACAGAUGGAAAAUCAGCUUUAGAUCUUGCAGAUCCUUCUGCAAAAGCUGUACUUACUGGUGAAUACAAGAAGGACGAACUCUUGGAAGCUGCUAGGAGUGGCAAUGAAGAAAAACUAAUGGCUUUGUUGACACCUUUAAAUGUGAAUUGUCAUGCAAGUGAUGGGCGAAAAUCUACCCCAUUACAUUUGGCUGCAGGAUAUAACAGAGUUCGUAUAGUCCAGCUUUUACUUCAGCAUGGUGCUGAUGUCCAUGCAAAAGAUAAAGGUGGACUUGUGCCGCUACACAAUGCUUGUUCCUAUGGACAUUAUGAAGUUACAGAAUUGCUGUUGAAGCAUGGAGCCUGUGUUAAUGCAAUGGAUCUCUGGCAGUUUACUCCAUUACAUGAAGCCGCUUCCAAGAAUCGUGUGGAAGUUUGUUCUCUGUUACUCAGCCAUGGUGCUGAUCCAACAUUAGUCAACUGUCAUGGCAAGAGUGCUGUUGAUAUGGCACCGACACCUGAGCUCAAAGAGAGGCUCACCUAUGAAUUCAAAGGACAUUCCUUAUUACAAGCAGCAAGGGAAGCUGAUUUAGCCAAAGUCAAGAAAACACUUGCUUUGGAGGUCAUUAAUUUUAAGCAGCCACAAUCUCAUGAGACAGCACUGCACUGUGCUGUGUCUUCUCUUCACCCUAAACGGAAACAAGUAACUGAAUUACUGCUUCGGAAAGGAGCCAAUGUCAAUGAAAAAAACAAGGAUUUCAUGACUCCAUUGCAUGUGGCUGCUGAACGAGCACACAAUGAUGUUAUGGAAGUUCUUCAUAAGCAUGGAGCAAAGAUGAAUGCACUGGACACACUUGGACAGACUCCUUUGCACAGGGCUGCUUUGGCAGGUCACUUGCAGACAUGUCGCCUCCUGUUGAAUUACGGCUCCGACCCCUCCAUCAUCUCCUUACAAGGUUUCACAGCAGCACAAAUGGGUAAUGAAGCAGUGCAGCAAAUACUGAAUGAAAAUACUCCAGUACAUACUUCUGAUGUAGAUUAUAGACUGUUGGAAGCAUCUAAAGCUGGAGAUUUAGAAACUGUAAAGCAACUUUGCAGUCCUCAGAAUGUGAAUUGUAGAGAUUUGGAGGGACGUCAUUCAACCCCCUUGCACUUUGCUGCAGGUUAUAAUCGAGUUUCAGUAGUUGAAUACUUGCUUCAUCAUGGAGCAGAUGUUCAUGCAAAGGAUAAAGGUGGAUUAGUACCUCUACAUAACGCUUGUUCAUAUGGACACUAUGAAGUUGCAGAGUUAUUAGUGCGACAUGGGGCUUCUGUCAACGUUGCUGAUUUAUGGAAGUUUACACCGCUACAUGAAGCAGCAGCAAAGGGAAAAUAUGAAAUCUGCAAACUCCUCCUCAAACAUGGAGCAGAUCCAACCAAAAAGAACAGAGAUGGCAACACCCCUCUGGACUUGGUGAAAGAGGGAGAUACUGAUAUCCAGGACCUGCUGCGAGGUGAUGCUGCACUGCUGGAUGCUGCUAAAAAGGGCUGCCUGGCACGAGUUCAGAAAUUAUGCUCUCCAGAAAACAUCAAUUGCCGGGAUACCCAGGGCCGAAACUCCACCCCAUUACAUCUUGCAGCUGGUUAUAAUAAUUUGGAAGUUGCUGAGUAUCUUCUAGAACACGGUGCUGAUGUUAACGCUCAAGACAAGGGAGGAUUAAUUCCACUACAUAAUGCGGCAUCCUAUGGGCAUGUGGAUAUAGCAGCUCUAUUAAUUAAGUAUAAUACCUGUGUAAACGCUACAGAUAAAUGGGCAUUUACGCCAUUGCAUGAAGCAGCACAAAAAGGAAGGACGCAACUCUGUGCUCUACUUUUAGCUCAUGGAGCAGAUCCAACAAUGAAGAACCAAGAAGGCCAAACCCCUUUGGAUCUUGCCACAGCUGAUGAUAUCAGAGCCCUGCUUAUUGAUGCAAUGCCUCCUGAAGCCUUGCCAACAUGCUUUAAACCUCAGGCCACUGUUGUUAGUGCCUCUAUCAUUUCACCAGCAUCCACUCCAUCUUGUUUGUCUGCUGCCAGCAGUAUAGAUAACCUUGCAGGACCUCUGGCUGAAAUUGCAGUGGCGGGCCCAUCUAAUGCUGGAGAUGGAGCAACAGGAACAGAGAGGAAAGAAGGAGAAGUUGUUGGUCUUGACAUGAAUAUCAGCCAGUUCUUGAAAAGCUUGGGUCUGGAACAUCUCCGGGAUAUAUUUGAAACGGAACAGAUUACCUUGGAUGUACUAGCAGACAUGGGCCAUGAGGAGCUGAAAGAAAUUGGCAUCAAUGCCUAUGGACAUCGUCAUAAGUUAAUAAAAGGUGUAGAGAGGCUUCUAGGUGGGCAACAGGGCACCAAUCCUUAUCUGACUUUUCACUGUGUCAGCCAAGGGACAAUUCUUAUAGAUCUUGCUCCUGAUGAUAAAGAAUACCAAUCUGUAGAAGAGGAGAUGCAAAGCACCAUCAGGGAACAUAGAGAUGGUGGUAAUGCUGGGGGAAUCUUCAAUAGAUAUAAUGUCAUUAGGAUUCAAAAGGUUGUGAAUAAAAAGCUAAGAGAGAGAUUUUGUCAUCGUCAGAAAGAAGUCUCAGAAGAAAACCAUAACCAUCACAAUGAACGCAUGUUAUUUCAUGGAUCUCCUUUUAUUAAUGCUAUUAUUCACAAAGGAUUUGAUGAAAGGCAUGCAUACAUUGGAGGGAUGUUUGGAGCUGGGAUUUAUUUUGCAGAAAAUUCCUCUAAAAGUAACCAAUACGUAUAUGGAAUUGGAGGAGGCACAGGCUGUCCUACACACAAAGACAGGUCCUGCUAUAUCUGCCACAGACAAAUGCUUUUUUGCCGUGUGACAUUGGGAAAGUCCUUCUUGCAGUUUAGUACCAUGAAAAUGGCCCACGCCCCUCCCGGACAUCACUCUGUAAUUGGCAGGCCAAGUGUCAAUGGGCUCGCCUAUGCUGAGUAUGUCAUCUAUAGAGGGGAACAGGCUUACCCUGAGUAUCUCAUUACAUACCAAAUUGUAAAGCCAGAUACUCCCUCACAGACAGCAGUGGCUGCGGAACAGAAGACCUAGUAGAUGCUGGUUCAUUGAAGUAGAUUACGUGACUUACGGACUGGAUGGUUGAGAUUAGUUUCAGAGCAUCAAAAAUAUAUGGAAUUCUCAUCAUUCUGGAACUGCUUUAUGUGUUUUAUAAAGCAUUGUUCUGUAAAUGAAUCUGAGUAACUGAUAUGUACUCAAUUGCUACUAUUCCUUUUGAGGAAAUGUUUACAAAGAUUUGCCUUUUAACAUCCUAUCUCAGGCUCACUUUCCCUGCAGUUGCCAUGUGUGUAAUGAGAGCAUCACUGCUUCAAUCUGGAUAUAUGGAAAUGUAAUUUGUAGUGCUAUGUUACAACCUUUUUGAAAGAACAGCAGCAACAGCUGUAGUGAAGUGCAGAGCCUCUAUUGAACCAUACCAUCCUCUCAACAUUCUUUUUUUUUUCUUUUUAGAAGUCUUUAGUCAGUUAUUUAUUUGCAUUUUAUUCUUCUGUUACAAAAAUGAGCCAGACCCUCCUCAAGGAUAUUUUUGCACAAAGUCAAGUUGACUAAAAUCACUUCACAAUGCAAUAGGAAUUUCUUAUCCAAGAAGGUGUUCGAGAUAGUUCUUUGGUCUGGGAUUCUUUUUGCACUUUUUAAUGAAUUCUUUUAUGUUGCAAGGAACAUAACUUUAAGGUAGAAGUCCUGCUUUUUCCCUAUCAAGUUUCUCUUUCUUUAUAAGAUGUUCAUACUAGCACCCAUGUAGCAACUUCUUUGGAAAAUGGUCUCUGUUCCUCUGUUUUGUUUUCUUGUUGCUUUCGUGUGCCUAAUAUUCCAGUAGCAGAGUUUGGAUGUGUCUGAUAAAAGGCAUAGGAAACAUUUGUUGGAUGAAACUGAAUAGACACAGGAUCCUGUUUUCUCUCUGCCCUUCCUAAGUGAAGUUGUAAGCAAGUUAGUGAAAUUCCUCAAGGAAUUGGAUGUCUUCUGUGGGUAUUUGUUCUGGGUUUUUAAAAUAUUUUCAUCAGAUAAUGAACAGCAAGGGAGCAGAGGUAUGAGCCAGAAACCUAGUCCAUUUCUCAAUGUGUGUGUAAACUCCAAAAGGACCAUUUUUACACAAAGGGCCUAUCAGAGUAUAAAAGUUAACUGUAAAGCUUGCUUGAGGUCCUUUUUCCUUCCAUAGGAAUAUUAUGUUAUUCCUUAUAUUAUGUCUGGAUUCAUUCAUAGGUUGAAUUCCAUGCAAAUAUCUUCCAACACCUUAUCCCCAGUAGACUAAUUAGACCAGUUGGUUAUAUCAAGGAGUGUAUAUAUGUGUGUGUGUGUGUACAUUUAAUAUUUCGGGUUUCUUCCCGUGUAAUUGUGAACAUAUCCCUAAAAGGGUAGAAGUGACGUUUCGACAGAAUCUCAUCUGCCAUCAUCAGGCUUAUGUGAAGGGUCUUUUGCUGUAACAUGUAACAAUUCUGUCGAAACGUCACUUCUACCCUUUUAGGGAUAUGUUCACAAUUACACGGGAAGAAACCCGAAAUAUUAAAUGUACACACAUAUAUACCCGUGAAAACUUACAUAUUAUAUAUAUAUUUGUUUUAUUGCUGAAGACUGCUACUUAGUUUCUAAUUGAUGUCUAUCCAUUAAAUUCAUCCCCCCAGAUUUUCUUUGUGGCGAAUCCACUUACAUAUCAUCAUUGUCAUCAUCAUUAAUAUAAUAUCAAAAAUCUACCAAUGAAAACAAUCUCCCUGCCCUCCCCCAAACAUCAUUUUUAAACAGUUCAAUGACUUUCAGGGAAAAACACGUAGUAGUAGAGAUGUAUAAGUAGAAUAUAUAACGGAGAGAGACUGCAAUAUUGCUUUGCAAAAUCUUUGGUAAUUAAAACAGCCAAAGAAAGUUUGCUUAUAAUAUAAUUCUUCCAUGGAAGUUUUUUAUUCCUUGAAAGUAAAGGUAUUAUAUUAUGAAAUCUACUGGCAUCUGCUUGGAAAUGGGCAACAGUCUUACCUGAUGAACAAAGCCACUACCAAAAAUCUUCCUCCAAAGAAAUUUCUAAUAUAUAUUAGAAAAAUAUAUCUAAUGCAUAUUAGAAUAAUGUACAGUUUACAAGAAAAAUCAUGUAAACAUUUGUCAGAUUCAGCACUUGAUCCAGGAGACGAAACAAGGUAACUUGCUGUGAAUCUUUCAGUUUUGCUUCUGUUGUUUGAGGUCACUCAGUCUUCCUGGAUUUCUCGGCACAUGAUGUCAUAAGGCCCAAGCUCACCAAGAUCAUUUACCUGUAAAAUAAAUAUCUAAGUUUGGAAAGGAUCCAGAUGAUGAACAUUCACUUAGAAAUGUUUUUAAGCACAGCUCUGGGCAAAAUGCUAACUACAGUUGAAUUGCAAAUAGAUGUGAAAAUCUACAUUUUGACAACUUCACGUGGAUAUGAAUUGGGACUCUGCUGUUUUUCACAUUUAAUCCAAAUGGUUAACAUGGAUGUGGAAGCCUAAUGUUCUUUUUCUCCAGUAAGAAAGAAUAUUGAUUCUGUGGUUGUCUUUUUCCUCCAGUGUGAUGGUUAACCUGAUGGGUAAUUUAAAUCCUAAAUUCUGAGAAUCUCACAUUGCUCCUGUUUUGUAACAUGUUUUGUGUAGACUAAAAGGUGCUGUCCAAGGAAUUCCAUUUUCAGUUACUUGUGUCUUGUAGUAAUGUGAUUUUUGUUACUUCUUUCUGGUCAGACUUUGAAAAAUAUACAUGCACUCAAGUCUUCAGAGAUCUAAAAGCCUAAUAAGAGGCAUCCUAAAAAAAACUGCAAACAUAGCAUUUAAUGUCAUUCAAUGUAACACAACAGUUAAUGUUCCCACAUACAGGAGUUGAGAAUUGCUGCAAAGGACUUGUACACUUGAUUCUGAAAUAUAUUUCUUUGAGAUAAGACUUAAACUAAUAUAUGCAGUAGAUUAUCUUUCAAUAUGUUCUGAAUAGAAAACCUGAUAAGUGCUUUUGUCAUAUGUGCGCACAGUCUUCAAAAUAACAAAAGUGGUGUUAGCCUUAAAUAAAUUAUAUUUGGGGCUUCCUUCAACCCACUGGGAUGAAAAAUCCCAGCCGCAUCAAGAGAUAUUAAGAUGCCAUAAAUAUAGUGCCAUUCAUUGGUUUUGUCCCACUCCAAGAUAUAUGUAUAGGUUGAGACUUUUUCAGAAAUUAAAGUUGAUGGGCUUAAUGUCACAGUACAAUGUUGGAUAUAACCUUAGAGCAUUAUCUACAGUAUGUGGGUUUGAUUCUAGCAUUUGUAACCAUAAUUAGGAAUUUUAAGUACCCCAAUCAUUUGUGACGGUUACACCUAGUACAAAUAGUAAAUCUGCUUGCAGCAACAUAUAGUUUUGAAAGGGACCCUACAACCAAUUCAUUGAUGAAUAUGUUUAUAUGAUGUAUGUAUUUGCAGCAACACAUUUGUUGUAUUACAUGUUUAGGUACAUAUCUAUAAAUAUAAAUUCAUGAAUCUGUUGAGCAUAUUUUUUUAAAUUACAGUCCUGGGAGUUGGGAAAUGGGGGUUGCAGCUACAAUAAUGUAUUUGACUAUUUUUGGUUGCCCUAAUGUCAUUGUGAAGAAAGGAGAAAGGAGGAGAGAUUGGCUAAGCCUUGUUUGUUGCUGGGAUUUACAAAAACAAAUAGAUGUAGAAUUUGGCUUUUUCUCCAAGUUAAUCAUUUCAUACAAGAAACAAAGGAUGGGGUGGUCUCAUAGUUGCUUUCUCACCAGACUAUCGUAUAAACUGGAGGACAGAAGUGGAAUAAAGAGAUUUUUUAAAAUAGCCAUCAAUUGAAAAAUACAGCAUAUUUUAAAGUUUCCAUCCAUUGAAGCCUCUGAAUUUUCUGAAUAUAUUAUUCAUAACUCUGAAGUGCAAAAUAUAUUACAGCUUUCUUUAGAAAUCCCAACCCAUUCAGAAAUGGUACCUUAAGAAUAAAAUAUCUUAAGACUAUUUUUAUGUAAUUUCCAAACCAUGGGAUAUUUGGUUUCAAAUGUUUUGCAUACCUUUGAUUUAAAUAAGGUUAAAUCUUUCUCCACAAACCUUGAAAAUCUGAUGCAGAGGCUAGGAAGUGCUAGGAAUCUUGGGAAUGGUCAUCAUUUUUAUUGUCGUAUAAUCCUCAGCAUUCUUGAAUGCCUGAGAUUGCAUUACGAAUUGCUUUCUGUCAUGGUGAUAUUCCAGUAGUAAUGUUUUUUUUUUUUUCCUGACAAUUAUCUGUCAAUGUCGGAAAUGACAAGUGACAAUAUUAAACAGAUACGAAAGAACAUUUUAUUGACCAGAGGCAAAAAUUUCCAGAUUGGAAUCUCCAAGUAAAGCAGCAGUUUCAUACGAGAUCUAUGUGCCGAUACCGGUAUAUUGAGCUAUUGUAAUGUGCACACUUGAAUUGGGGAGGAUGUUCAGGCCAGUCACUGCAGCUGCCUAUUUCACACUUCCUUUUGUCCGUUAUAGGCCAAGCAGCAGUUCCAAGAAGGCAAUUUUCAGUUGGGAAAUGUCAUAAAGAGAACAAUUUGAAGGAUUUCCCCUACUUGGAAAAUGAAAAACUGGAGUGUUAGUUAGUUCAUAGAUCUUCCACGAUAUAUGUUUCAGACCUUAAGGAAUCAAUUGAAUAAAUGCAGGGAUGACUCAACCGGUAGGUAGAAGAUUGAGAUUUAAAGGACAACAAAUAACCAGCUAUUUAUUUUCUCUCAGUAUGGUGGGAGAAUUUUCUCCCUAGGCAGCAAAACAUUUUCAAUUCUAUCUGCCUACUAAAAUACUAAAAUUUUUACAUAUGCCUUCAACUUGAUAUACAUGCACAACAUUCUGAUCUCUCUUAUUUUAAUACUAUUUUCUUAGCUCCUUCCCCCAAGCCACAACUGCAUAUUAUCAUAUCCUGGUGUGACUAAGACACAGCUACAUAAAUAAUGAACCAAAUGCAGUCUGUUGAAGCAUAUUCUCAUGGCAGCAUAAAACAUAAACAAAUAUACCAUUUGAACUCUAGUUCCAGUUUACAAGAAUGAAGCCAACGUGCAAAGUCCACUACUGGAUUGUCCCAUCACCUUGAAGGCCUGACUACAUAACUCCAAUGAUUUUUGUGAUCCAAAUUUCUUGCUUUGUGGGUAGUGUGUAUGGGCUAUUGUAAAUGUAGACAAAGCCAAUGAAAUUGCCAUCUGCGACCACGUUUUAUGCUGAUUUAGCUUGCAAUUACUGUAUCUAGUUCAGUGGGUUGCUAUCUAAUAUAGAAGAGUUAACAUUUCUAGUAUUUCCUUGCACUACAUGAUUGCAGCAGCUUAUGGAAAAGUAUAACAAGGCAUUCUACCACCAACCCAGCAGCUGAUUUUUUAAAACAAGGAUAUAAACUAUGUAUGCAAAAGAAGCUAUAUUUUUGCUGAAAACCUUAUUUCCAGAAUUCAAAUACAACUGUAAGCCAUAAUGGGGUUGGUUUGUUUUUAAAUUACUGUAGCACAAUACACAAACUCAUCCACCAUGAUUCAUUUCUUGGAUAGGUUCAUAUAUUGUUCUAAAAUAAUGUGUGUGUGUGUGUAUGUAUGUGUGUGUGUAUAUAUAUAUAUAUAUCGGUAUAUAUGUAUGCAUACAUACUAGUAUGCAUGCAUGCAUACAUACACCCACACCUUUUUCUAAUAACAGCUUCUCAGUAUUUUGCAGCCAAGAGAAACAAGAUUUACAUAUGCUGUACUUUUUUCAGAACCCUGGAAAAAUAUAGAACGGAAUGGGAACUGCCUGGCUUCCUAAUCGUUGCAUCUCUAUAAAUUGUGUAGCUACUCUGAUUACAAAUAUUUUAUGUGAGAGAACAGCACGCAUAGCUAAAAUUCUAGAAUCAAAAUUUCUAGGGCUUGAAAGCAGGGCUCUGGUGUUAUUCAUUUCUUGGGUACCCCCUCCUAUAAUGCCAAAAUUAUUCAAAAAAAUAGAAUUUGAUAAAACAGUAACAAUUGGUUAUGUUCUAUUUAUAGAAUUUAUACUUGGUGCCAGAUGUUAUUGAUUUAGAGUAAGGUGUAGACUAGUAGCCCCUGGGCCAGAUGUGUCAUACGCAGGCCACAGCCACCCCAGCUCUGCAAAUGGGGAAAACAUCACAAAAUGUCACGUGACGGCAAUGCGACGCCGCGAGUUUGACACCUGUGACAUAAUUGCGUUUUGCACAAGAGUUUUGUGAUGUAGUUUCCUUCAUGCUUUAUUAGAUGGGGAAAACAUGAGGCAGAUCAAAUAACAGAGCAGUUUUCAAAGAAGUGGCUGUACAACAUCUAUUGUAUCAAAGUCUUGUACCAGCUUAAAAGCUGACAAAUGCAUUAUACCAUUUGCUUGUUUGUGGAGCAGAAAUGUUCCAUAAGAGUUUGUGCCAUAAUGUAAGGCACAAUUUUCCUCUUCCUGUCUUCCAUUCAUGUUCCUUUUAGUCUGUAGGUUUGAAGAAAAAAAGACUAAAUGUGCAUCUAAAUAUCUGUAUGCCAUUGACCACCAUUUUUGUAAUUUAUUGAUCAUAAAAUAGAUGUUUUUGUGUACUGGUUCUGCAGAAAAAUGGUUACUGGUAAAAGGUUUUAAAGACUCUGUUUAUAGUGCAAUUUCAACAAUAUUUUUUAAUUUAUUUGUAAUGCCUUCAAGACUUCCAGCAAGUUUUCAGAAUUGGUGACUUUGUUUAUAUAGGUUGAUGGCCUCUGCCAAAAUAUAUAUAUCUUUAGAUCAUCUUGGCAUCUGUUAUUUUCAUAGGCAUUAAAGUACUAGCUUUGCAUUUUAAAAAUAAUCUUGUGUAAUUUGCUUGCAUAGCUAGCCUGGUAUUCUUGAUUUCUUUUGGCAAUAGAAGAACACACGAAGUCUCAGUAUGGUUUCUUCAUUGUCUGUGAGUUGGAGUUGGUUAUUUCCUUUUUUUCCUUAAGAGUUAGAUUCUCUUAAUUUAACAUUGUGAUGGAAUUUUGCAUAAAGCCAAUGUAACAACUAAGUUAGCUCUUAUUGUGCUUUCAUUUAAUGUCAGACAUAUAGUACCUUGUGACAGAAUCAAUAAACUUUUUUAAUACUUGAA